AUGGAUAGCAUUUUACAACAAGUGGAGGAUGUUGCAGCUAAAGCAAGAGCCUUAAAUGAAAAAUUCAAGCUUACAGCUGUUGGGUGCCUUAUUAAUUUUCUAAGAGAUAAUGGGCCUGCUACUCUAGAAUCCCUUGUAGAUUAUAUAAGCCUCAAAAGAGAUGUGCUCUUGACAGCUAAAGGAGAAAAAUUCACUAAAUCGGCGGCUGGCAUUGUAAAAUACGUAUUGAGCUGGCAUCCAAAAAUCUUUUUAAUUGACAGUUGCUUUAAUUACUAUUUAAGUGUAACUUUCAUAUAGGAAGAAGAAGCCGCAAAGUGUGAACUAGAAUACAAAAAUAAAGAAGAAAAUAGACACGAAAAUGAAAACUUAUUUAGAAUCUGCACCAAAAGAGAAACAGAAACAAAAAGACAGAAGAGAAUGGCACUGAAAAGAAUAAGGCUUACUAUAGAAAGUGACUUAAAAAAGCCUCCUCAAGAAUACUCUCCGAUAACAAAAGCCUAUUUAGUUCUGACAUCUGGGGAUAUUGAAGUAGCUGCUGGUCUAAGGCAAUUGGUGAGAAAAACUUACACUGAACUCGUAGAGCUUAAGCAAUUAUAA